UCUAUCAUCCCUAAACACACGAGAUAUAUAGAUAUGGAGACUGUAGUGGUGAUUGUGGGAGCUGGACCAGCUGGUUUAGCAACAUCAGUUUGUCUAAACCAACACUCAAUCCCAAACUUGAUCUUAGAGAAAGAAGACAUAUAUGCAUCACUUUGGAAGAAACGAGCCUACGACCGUCUCAAACUUCACUUAGCCAAAAACUUCUGUCAGCUGCCUUUCAUGCCGCAUGGUCCCGAUGUUCCAACCUUCAUGCCCAAAGAAUUUUUCAUCGAUUACCUUGACGCUUAUGUCACCCGUUUUGACAUAAACCCUAGAUAUAACCGAACUGUGAAGUUCUCAAUGUUUGACAUGUCUAACAACAAGUGGAGGGUAGAGGCUGAAAACACAGUGACCGGAGCAAUCGAAGUGUACUGGUCGGAGUUUGUCGUGGUCGCAACGGGAGAGAACGGUGAAAGAUACAUUCCUGAGGUAAAAGGACUUAAUAAUUUCUGUGGUGAGGUUGUGCAUUCCAGUAUGUACAAGUCCGGACGUGACUACAAAAAUAAAAAUGUUCUCGUAGUCGGGGGAGGAAACUCCGGGAUGGAAAUAAGCUUUGAUCUAAAUAACUACGAUGCUAAUACCGCCGUUCUCAUUAGAACUCCGAGACAUAUAUUGACCAAAGUGGAAGUAUACGUGGGGAUGUUACUGUUGAAAUAUUUCCCGGUGAGAAUGGUUGACACAUUAGUGAUGAUGAUGUCUAAGGCAAGAUUAUUUAUAUACGGAGAUCCCUCCAAGUACGGGCUCAUCCGACCAAACCAAGGUCCGUUUGCCACAAAAUUCUUGACCGGGAGAACUCCAGUCAUUGAUGUGGGGACUGUCCGAAAAAUUCACGAAGGCAAGAUUCAGGUUAUCAAUGGUGGCAUAAGAAGCAUCGAAGGCAAGACCUUGACGUUUGAAAAUGGACUGAGACAAGAUUUUGAUGUCAUUGUGUUUGCGACUGGUUACAAAAGCUCUGUUUGCAAUUGGUUAAAGAACUAUGAGUACGUGAUGCGGGAUGAUGGCUUCCCCAAAAACCCAAUGCCAGAUCAUUGGAAAGGAGAGAAAAAUCUCUAUUGUGCUGGAUUUUCGCGGAAGGGAAUCGCUGGAGCCGCUCAAGAUGCGAUGUCUGUCGCCCAAGACAUCAAAUCUAUUUUGGAAACGGCCAGAUAUUAA